AUGGUCUUAACAAAUUCUCAAAAACCAACUUCGACACGUAAAAAGAAACAAAAAACAAACUCAGGUUUAACAAUAGAACAACAACAAGAAAUACGUGAAGCUUUUGAUUUAUUUGACACGGAAGGUAAAGGUAUUAUAGAUAUAAAAGAACUUAAAGUAGCAAUAAGAGCUCUUGGUUUUGAACCUCCUAAAAAAGAUGAAAUAAAAAAAUUAUUGUCGGAAAUCAAUAAUAAGUCUACCUCUGAAAGCGAUGAUAAUGUUGAUACUAUUGAUUUUGAUAGUUUCAAUAAAAUAAUGGCUGUUAAGAUGUCUGAAAGAAAUUUAAAUGACGAGUUUCUAAAAGUAUUUCAAUUAUUUGAUGAUGAUGAUACUGGAAAAAUUACUUUUAAAAACUUAAAGCGAAUUGCUAAAGAGUUAAGUGAAGAUAUAAGUGAUGAUCAUUUAAGAGAAAUGAUCGAAGAAGCUGAUCUCAAUGGUGAUGGUGAAGUUGAUGAAAAUGAAUUUAUACAUUUAUUAAAGAGAACAAAUUUAUACACUUAA